AGUAUUAUUCCAGUGGAUGCCGAAGAAAGGACUUACAUCCGAUGCAUGUGAGUCGUCCACAAGUGUUCCACGAGACUCUCCUUGUCAUCCAUGGAAUUCGAUAAAACAGUUUAGUUUUAGAAAAUUACAAUCAAAGAGGAGCUAUCAUCAGUGGAUACACGCAUACGCAUUUGUCAGGAGCAUGAGUGACAAAUUGGUGCGAGAGAGGAUCAACAUACGGAAAUAAGGAUGGAAGUAACAUGGACGGAUUCCACACACGUUGGACAGCAAUAAUUUAUUUGUGUAAAUUUGCUCAAGAUAUCCAUAUCUCGUCUUUAUCUGUUUAUUGUGCAAUUGAGUUGACAAAGUAAACUGGAACGAGAACAGAGGAGCAACAAGACUACAAAACAGUCUCUCCUUCCUCUCUUGCAUGCAUUUCACCGGUGACAGCAGUGUUGGUCUGAAAGUGAUAUGAAAAUGGCUUAAACGCCAAUUUGUGUUCAGUUGUAUAACUUUGUGGUGAUAAAAAUAGUGCUGCUAGCAGCUCAAACGGGAGUCAAAAUGCCACAAAUUAUCUGCUCAAGAACCGGAUAUAUAUUAAUAGCAAUUAUAUUUAGUGGAUGGAUUAACGUAACUGAAGGUCUUUCAUGCCAUCCUAACCCGUGCAAAAACGGAGCAAGGUGCGUCCAAGGAAAUAGGAUAGGAGAAGCUUAUUGCGAAUGCAGCUCGUCGUUUGUGGGGGAAUACUGCCAAUAUCCUAAUCCCUGCCAUCACACUUCCCAAAGAUGUGAAAAUGGGGGACGGUGUCACGCCGUUUUGAAACCAAAUGUUGCACCUUCGUUUGCCUGUGACUGCCCUGUCGGCUAUACCUCCUCAUUCUGUGAGCUGGAAUUGGCCAACGCAUGUCAAUCUAGCCCCUGCGGAAGCGGAGUUUGCCGAUUGAAAACGUUGGAAAGCUACGUUUGCAAUUGUUCAACUGGGACGCGCGGCGAUAAUUGCGAACAUACGGACCAUUGCACCAUCAAUGGAUCAAAUCCAUGCAAAAAUGCUGGGAAAUGUAUUCCCGAAGAUACAGCACCAGGCUAUCGAUGUGUUUGUGAUCCUGGGUUCACAGGCCCAAAUUGUCUCCUGGACGUUAACGAAUGCACUGACAAAAACUCUUGCAUUCAUGGAACUUGCCAGAAUACUUAUGGAUCGUAUAAAUGCAAAUGUCAUGAAGGAUGGUCCGAACCAAAAUGCGACACUAAAUUCAUCCCUUGUGUGCCAUCACUUUGUCAAAAUGAUGGAGUUUGCCGAGUGACUGGAAAUCUUUCAUACACAUGUCUGUGCAAGCCAGGAUUCCGAGGGAAAUUUUGUGAGGAAAAUACAAGUUGUGACAAACAUCAUUGUCAAAAUGGGGGCAAGUGCAUUCCUGGAGUCAACGCAUACACUUGUCAGUGCCCUCCAACUUUUACUGGCGAAUUUUGUCAAAUCGAUAUCGAUGAAUGUGCUUUACGCCCAACUUUAUGUCAGAACGGAGCUACUUGUCAGAACUCUGUGGGCUCUUUCUCGUGCAUAUGCAGCAAUGGGUGGGAAGGACGCUUAUGCAACAUAAACACGGACGAUUGUAAAGAUUCUGCAUGUUUAUCGGGGGCUACCUGCAUUGACAAGGUGGCUGCGUUUUACUGUGAAUGCCCUCCGGGGAAAACUGGGCUCUUGUGUCAUCUGAACGAUGCAUGCACAUCGAAUCCCUGCCACCAGGGAGCAAUUUGUGAAACGAGUCCUAUUGAUGGCUCCUAUUUGUGUUCCUGCCCUUCCGGAUUUCAAGGAAUGAACUGCACACAAGACAUAGACGAAUGUUUAGAGGGCCUCUCACCUUGUGAACACCUUGGGACCUGCGUUAAUCUUCCUGGAAGUUAUCGCUGUCACUGCCCCAUAGGAUUUACCGGCACCAGAUGUGAGACAAACAUCAAUGAGUGCGAUUCUAUGCCUUGUCAAAAUGACGGCACCUGUUUGGAUGAAAGGGGUGGAUUUCGCUGCCUCUGUAUGCCAGGAUUUAGUGGAGCUCAGUGCGAAAUCAACAUAGAUGAAUGCCGUAGCAAUUACAAUAACCCGUGCUUAAAUGGUGGUCGAUGCCAUGAUCAAAUUAACGGAUAUCGAUGCUCAUGCCUUCCUGGAUUUUCUGGGCAAAAAUGUGAAAUCAACAUUGAUGAAUGUAUUGGCAACCCAUGUAAAAAUGGAGGAACGUGCCUGGACGGCAGAAAUGGGGUCUACUGCAUCUGCCCACUUGGGUUUAUAGGCGAAAAUUGUCAAGUGAAUAAAGACGACUGCAUUGAUAACCCCUGUCACAAUGGAAAAUGCAUCGAUGGAAUUAAUUCAUUCCAAUGUCAAUGCUCUCCAGGUUACACGGGUCAUGUAUGCCAGACAAGAAUCAACGAAUGCCUGCAAACUCCUUGCCUUUGGGGUGGAACUUGUGAGUCUCUGUCCAACGGGGGAUUCAGAUGUACCUGUCCCCCAGGCACCAAUGGUCUUAGAUGCGAAAAUAAUAUAAAUGAAUGUCUAUCAAAUCCAUGCGGAAUUGGAACAGAGAAAUGUGUGGAUGGCAUUAACCGUUAUACUUGUGACUGUAAACCAGGUUACGCUGGAAAGUUAUGCGAAAUUGAGAUCAACGAAUGUCUUUCGAAUCCAUGUGCCAAUGGAGGCGUUUGCAUCGAUCUUGUAAAUGGAUUUAAAUGCAACUGUCCGAGGGGAUAUUAUGACGCAAGAUGUCUGAGUGAUGUGGACGAAUGUAAAAGCUCGCCGUGCGUUCACGGGCAUUGCGAAGACCUCGUGAAUAACUAUUUGUGUCAUUGCGACAGUGGGUACACGGGAAAAAGAUGUGACGUGGAAAUUCAACACUGCAGCUCUAAUCCUUGCCAACAUUCGGGUGUUUGCAAAAACAAGUUUAAUGGCUACACCUGUGAAUGCCUAGCAGGCUACUCAGGAAGGAACUGCGAACACAAUAUUCAGGAAUGUGAAAGUAAUCCCUGCAACUCAAAAGGCUCUUGUGUGGACCUUGUAAAUGGGUAUAAAUGCGUCUGUGAACUUCCAUGGAGUGGAAUCAACUGCGAGAAAAAAUUAGAUCCUUGUUCUCCGAACAAGUGCAAAAAUGGAAUUUGUUCUCCAUCCAACAACUAUUUGGACUUCUCGUGUAGUUGUCAGUUGGGAUACACGUCCAGAUUAUGUGACGUAGACAUCAAUGAAUGCGCUGUCUCUUCACCUUGUCGCAACAAAGGAGUUUGCGUUAACACAAACGGUUCAUAUUAUUGUAAUUGUCCACCUGGAUAUGAAGGACGCGAUUGUACCAUUAACACGGACGACUGUGCCAUUUCUCCAUGCAUGAAUGGCGGAACAUGUUUGGACGGGCUAGGAAAUUAUACCUGUCUAUGCGUCGACGGUUUCGAAGGUCUCGAUUGCGAAAAUGAGCGAAAUGAAUGCCUGUCAAAUCCAUGCGUUCAUGGGACGUGCACCGAUUAUGUGAAUUCGUAUUCUUGCACCUGCGAAAGUGGGUGGAGUUCGCACCACUGCCACAUAAACGAUGAGGACUGUACCGAAUCGAGUUGUCUUAACGGAGGAACUUGUGUGGACCAGGUCAAUUCGUACACGUGCCUAUGUAGAAGUGGUUAUGAAGGUUCUAACUGCCAAUUUGAACGGAGGGAAUGCGAUAGCAGCCCAUGUCGGAAUGGUGCCACUUGUCAAGAAAAUGGGAUUGGUCAUUUCCGAUGCCAUUGUCCAUAUGGCUGGAGUGGUGACCUAUGUGAUGUCGAUGUCAAUGAGUGCGCUGUCAGUUCGCCUUGUCAUAAUGGUGCAGCUUGCCACAACACGAAUGGAUCAUUUAGUUGCGAAUGUGCCAGGGGCUACCAAGGGUCAAUUUGUGAUGUGGAAAUGGUCUCGUGUAAUGACGCAGCAUCGCGUAAAGGUGUACCAGUGAGCAGGCUUUGUAACAACGGGACAUGUGAAGAUAGUGGAAAUUCUCAUAUCUGUCGAUGCAUGACUGGAUAUACGGGGAGCUACUGCCAAAUUGAAAUAAAUGAAUGUGAAAACUUAAAGCCAUGUUUGAACGGGGGCACUUGCAUUAAUUUCUUGGGAAGCUAUUCUUGUCAAUGCGCACGAGGUUAUCAGGGUGAUUCAUGUGCCCUUAACAUUGAUGAUUGUGCGAAUAAUCCAUGUCUCAAUAAUGGCAUUUGUCAUGACGGGGUCAACUCUUUUACUUGUUCAUGUCCUCAUGGUACACUCGGGCGCCUUUGUGAAAUCAAUGAAAAUGAUUGUUUCGACGGGGCUUGCUUCCACGGAGGUUCAUGUAUUGACAAAAUCGGGGGAUAUGAAUGCAAAUGCAUGCCUGGUUAUACUGGAGGAAAAUGCGAAGGGGACGUAAAUGAAUGUCUCUCUAACCCAUGUUCUUCUCCCGGAACGCUGGCAUGUGUCCAACUGGUUAACGAUUACCGAUGCGACUGCAAACCAGGUUGGAGUGGUCACUUGUGCGAAAGACGAGUUGACCUCUGCCACAACAACCCAUGUCACAACGGUGGAGUGUGCAGCGUUCAGUCACGUGGAAGUGGGAAGGAUCGAGCGGACGUAAGGAUUUGCACAUGCCAAGCAGGAUACCAUGGGAAGCUCUGCGACCUCAACGGGACUCCAUGUCACAAUAAUCCAUGUCGGGCAGGGGGGACUUGCAUCGUUAAAGGAGGCAGUUCAAUGUGCAAAUGCCCACAAGGGACGGAAGGAGACUAUUGUCAAGAUGAUUUUAGAACAGAUUGCAGCUUAAGACCGUGCUUGAACAAUGGACGGUGUGAAGUUUUGCCCGAUGAUCAGGGAUAUCAUUGUAGAUGUCCCCAUUCUAAAAGUGGAAGGAAUUGUGAACGAGAACGAGAUGAGAACCGCCACUAUGAUGAAAUCGAUAUUGAUAAGGCGAGAAGAGAAUGCGUGAGGAACAAAUGCAGUGAGAAAUCCGGAGAUGCCACCUGUGACAAAGAAUGCAAUAACUACGCCUGUGAGUUUGAUGGUGGCGACUGCUCCCUGGGUCUCAAUCCAUGGAAGAACUGCAACGCUCCGAAAUGCCAUCUCACAUUUGCGAACGGAAUAUGCGAUCCGCAAUGCAACUCGAAGGAAUGUCUUUUUGACGGGCGAGACUGUGAACCAAGUUUCAAGCAGUGUAAUCCCGUGGACAAUAAUUUUUGUGAGCGGCAUUAUAAUGAUGGAUCCUGCGACCAAGGAUGCAAUAACGCAGAAUGUGACUGGGACGGAAUGGAUUGCGAGACAAACCCUCCACUGCUAAUAUCUGGAGUCAUGUCCAUAGUUGUGAGAAAUAUGGAUGUCCAAAGUCUUUUGAAUAAUAAAGCUGCCUUCUUGCGGUAUCUUGGUCAUCAACUACGAACUACGUUAAGAAUAAAGCAAAGUCCUCUUGGAAAUCUAAUGGUCUACCCCUGGGAUCCAUCCGUAGAUGCAAUCUCCUACCUUACAAACGGUUCAGACCCCAACCAAAUGUUCAGAACUGGGUCAGUGGGGGUCCUUGUAUAUCUGGAAAUUGAUAAUCGCAAGUGUGGUGGAUUCCUAAAUGAUACAAACUGCUUCCAAACUGCCCUUGAGGCUGCUGAAUUCCUUGCUGCAUCUGCCCAAAGGCAUACGUUGGACUCGGAUUUCGAUAUAAUUCAAGUUCGAGGAUUAUCAAAUGACUUGCCUCCUGGAGGAGAGGACAAGGCAUCGUGGGUAGCCUAUGUCUUAAUUGGGGCUCUCACCGUCAUUAUGCUUGCCCUUUUGUUUGGCGUCCUUGUUUCAACUCGAAAGAAAUCAGCUCGUGGAGUUUUGUGGUUUCCAGAAGGGUUUCUCCGUAGUACAACAAUAACCAGCCAGCAUAGACGGUCCCGACGCCGAGGACCAGAUGGCCAGGAAAUGAGACACUUGUCCAAAAUCCAUCCAUUAGAACCUGAUUUUGACUCUGGUCACACAAUGGGAUUCUACGAUGGUAUCACCGAUGUCACAUCUCAAUACUCUGACGACUCUGAUAGACCUCCAAGCAAACGCAUGAGAUCUGAUGGAGGUUAUGCUUCCGACCACACAAUUUGCACCAACACAGACUAUGACGAGAUUGACCCUCGACCUUGGACUCAUCAGCAUUUGGAGGCAGCUGACAUUCGCCACCCGGACCUUCUCGCUCUAACUCCAGCAGAAGCAUUGAAAACCAAUUUUGAUGUGGAUGUUCGUGGACCCUGUGGACUAACGCCAUUGAUGGUUGCAUCUCUCAAGGGGGGUGGCUUAGAUGCGUGCGACGAGGAGGACGACGAUGCCACGGCGCAGGUGAUUGCAGACCUCGUAAUACAAGGCGCACAACUGAAUGCAACAAUGGACAAGACGGGAGAAACGUCCCUUCAUCUCGCAGCCCGUUAUGCAAGGGCGGACGCAGCAAAGAGACUGCUGGAUGCGGGCGCAGAUGCCAAUCCCAUUGACCACACGGGCAGAACACCGCUCCACGCCGCCAUUGCUGCUGAUGCCAUGGGCGUUUUCCAGAUCCUUCUUCGUAACCGAGCCACCAACUUGAACGCCAAAAUGCAUGAUGGAACAACUCCGCUGAUUUUGGCUGCUCGACUCGCCAUCGACGGAAUGGUUGACCACCUUGUCACUGCCCAGGCCGACAUCAACGCUGCAGACAACAGUGGGAAAACGGCCCUUCACUGGGCUGCUGCCGUGAACAAUGUAGAAGCCCUUCAGAUUCUUGUGAGUCACGGGGCCAAUCGAGAUGCACAGGAUGAGAGGGACGAGACACCAUUAUUCCUCGCUGCUCGGGAAGGCAGUUUCAACACUUGUCGGAUUCUUCUGGACAACUUGGCCAACCGAGACAUUGCGGACCAUAUGGACCGAUUGCCUCGAGAUAUUGCUGCAGAACGGCUUCACCACGACAUUGUUCGUCUCUUGGAUGAGCAUGUCCCUCGUCCAUCCGCCGUUCAAACAAUUCACCACCAAGCUCCCAACAACUUGUCAUCCAUGAACAACAAUGUUAACUCUCCUCCCUCCCAAGUGAUGAACAAUGACAAUUUUAGUCCAGGCGUACAGAAUCCAUCUCAACCAAAACCAAAGAAACGCACCAUAAAGCCAGACCAUAAUGUGGGCGGAGAUCUAGUUGACAAUAGUAAAAGCAGCCAAGGCCCAAAGCCACCUCGAAGACCCUCCAACAGGAAGAAGAAGUCGACUGAUUCUCUCUUGCACGGAGGAGGAGGUGGUGGUGGUAUGGGCGUCAUUAACCAUGCCACAGACUCAUCCCCCCUCAGUGGGGACAGCAGCACAAUGAGUCCGCCAGACUUUCACAGCAGCCACAACAUGUUUAAUGUUCCUCCAACGUCAAUGGCCAUCUCACAGCCAAAUCUAUCAUCAAUUGAACCCCAUCAGCAUGGGCACGGCAACACUUAUGGCACACUACAAAUCAACAAGGCACCCCCUCCGUACGAGGAUUGUUUCAACAAUAAGGCCGUCUCUUUCCAUAACCUCCAAUUUUCCAACUACUCAAACAACAUGAGUGGAAAUUUGCAUAAUGGAUCUCAGCAACAGUACUUGCAACAAAACUCGCCCUUUCCUAGCCCCCAGUCGGUAGCGUCCCAGUUCCAAGCGUCAUCUCCAACGAGCUACGCCGGAUCUCCCCCGCAAGUCACGUCGCCCAACAAGCGCCCAUCCCUACCAACGUCUCCCACGCAUAUGGCUGCCCUAAGAGCUGCAACGCAGCAGAAGCUCAUUAAUGGCAACACCUCGUCGAACAACACGUUUGACUAUUCUCCAUCUGGUGCAACCGGCAAUGCGAACCAGUUUUAUUCUGGGGGAAGCAGCAUUGCCCAUUAUCCAACACCCCCAUCUCAACAUUCAGAGAGUUCUGCUGGCUCUCCUCAGCACAUCCAUGGGCCGGACAGUUAUCCCACCCCGUCCCCAGAAUCCCCAGGAUGGUCAUCCUCCCCCCACUCCACGUCCGACUGGUCCGAAGGCAUCCACAGCCCUCCAGGGACAACUCAAGUGAUGUACAAUGCUCACCCUCAAAUUCAAAUGCAACAUUCACACAGUAGCAGUAGAGGUCCGGAGGGUAUAUACAUUUAGUUUCGUCUAGUUUACUUAUUCUCAAAUUUAGCUAGCUUCAUAGAAAUAUAUAAAUCCAUAAAUACUUUCCCAAGUCGCAACUCCCCCGAUGACAGAUAUUUAUAAAAAAAAGACUUUUCAUAGUGACGUGCGUAUCAAAAAGCGCAGACUUAUAUAUCCACUCCACACUUUUUUACAUGAUGCAUAUAUUAACUUAUUAUGUCAAUUAUAAUUAUUGUUGUUUACAAACUUUUGUUUUAAAAAUAUUACUAUAUUUAAGUUUAACGAAUUUUUACUAUACACGCAAAUAUCGACCGAAUUAAAUAGAACAAGAGUCGUGUUUUUAUCAGCAGAAAAUAUGGGUAUUUUUAUUCUUAUCCCAUGUCCACAUUAUGCUAGUAGCUUAUUACGAAUCAAUAAAAUACAAAUCAAGUUAUGUCGACUGAAA